AUGAAGUCUUUCGUUUGCCUUCUCGCUUUUCCCGCUUCCUCGCUGGCUGGAACCGUGUUGUGGAGCGGCAUUUUCAACUCUUCUGCCACCGUCGAGGACUUUGAUGAUUGGUCGUGGUCCAACCAGAUUGAACCGUGGCAAUGGUACAUCCAUGGCACCGGCAACACGUCGGAUUACCUGGGUCUGUCCACGGACUUCAAGAACCCCGCCGACACUAGCGACGCCCAGGGCCUGCGCAUCAGCAUUGACGGCACCUCUUACUGGGAAGGUCAAACGAUGGAGCGCUCCGAGCUGAUCCCCCAAACCAAGGCCGACCUCGGCUCCGGCCACCUCUACUACCACUUCUCCCUGUCGACCAAGACGACUAACGCGCCCAAUGCCUCCUUCGAGCACCAAAUCGCCUUCUUCGAGAGCCACUUCACCGAGCUGCAGUACGGUCUGGCCUCGGGGGCAUCCGGGUCCUCCGACAACACGCUGCGCUGGAACGCCGGCGGCAACACCCACUGGUCCGUGCAGCUAGAGGCCGGCAACUGGUACAACUUUGCGUACGAUAUCGACUUCGACGCGCAGACGGUGGGUCUGUGGGCGUCCAACGGCUCCGACCCGUUGACUGAGGUUGUGUCGCCCGUCAGCGCGUCCGCCUCGUCCAACUCGGCCGACUGGCACGUCGGCGAGCUGCGCCUGCCUGGCAGCGGAGCCUCGAACGAUGCGGCGGAGGAUUGGUUCUGGUCUGGCAUUUAUAUCGAGGAGUCGCCGAUCACGAAGGAGAUUGGGUCGGGCAGCGCUUCGAGCUCGAGCUCGAGCUCCAGCUCUGCAGACACGUCUAGCUCUGUCAGCUCUGCCAGCUCUUCGACCUCCUCCGCUCCCCAGUCCACCGUGGAGGCUACCUCAAGCACCACCGUUGCCGCUGCUACUACCAGCACUGCCGCCUCGGCUACUACCUCUGCCACCCAGACAGUUGCAACUGUUGAGCCCGCCGUUGUCUCCUCCGCAGCGACCAGCUCCGUCACCACUGCUGCUGUGGCCGUGACUUCGGCUGUUGCUUCCUCAGUAACUACUGAGGUGGCAGUGGAGGUUGCGACAACAGCCACGGCUGCCUCGGUAGCGCUGGCUUCGCCCACCACCCCUACCGAGAUUUUGGACGAUAUUCGCGCUAUCUUCGGUGCACUUGUCUCGCGGUCCAGCGGUGUGCAUGCCCGGGACUUUGCUCGCCGUGCUUAG